AUGGACCCCCAUGUGUGUGCUAAGCAAGGAAGGGAAGUCUGCCCCACCCAACCCGGACUGAUGGACAGCAGCCGCCUCACACUUCAACUGCCCCAGACCUUGCCUUCCACCAAAAUCAUUCUCCUAUUUGCUUUUUUUCCCCUUAAAAAUAACCCAACUGGAAGAUUUGUGAAGCAGAUUGAUGAGAACACAGCAACUCCUUACCAUAAAAGCUACUUCCUGCCUUUCUCCCCAGCCUGGGCAACUGAGGACUCUAAAAACCCAGCAGAAGCAGCUGUAUCCAAUAAACUACAAACACAUUCCAGAAACAUAGUGGGCCUCAUGGUGAAUGUAAAUGAGAGUAGAGAGAAUGAAUUCCUGCUUUUGGGAAUUGCCAGAGACCCUGUGAAGCAGAAACUCCUGUUUGGCCUGUUCUUGCUGGUUUACAUGGUGACCUUGGUGGGGAACCUUGGCCUGAUCUGUCUGAUCAGGCUGAUGCCUCACCUUCAUACUCCCAUGUACUUCUUCCUCAGCAAUUUGUCUUUCUUGGAUUCCUGUUACUCCUCAGUCACGCUCCCUAAGAUGCUGUCCGACUUCCUGUCAGAACGAAAGGCCAUUUCCUUCUCUGGAUGUGUGGCCCAACUAAGUCUGUUCAUUGUCUUUGCCACUGCAGAACUCUACCUCCUGGCCUCCAUGGCUUAUGACCGCUACGUGGCAAUCUGUAGCCCUCUACUCUACCCUGUCCUUAUGUCCACCAGGGUCUGUGUCUCACUGGUGGCCCUGUCUUAUGUUGCCGGAAUUGUUAAUUCCCUGACACAGGUGAGCUCUAUAUUUCAACUCUCCUUCUGCACAUCCAAAACCAUUAACAGUUUCUUCUGUGACAUUCCCCCACUCCUGGCUCUGUCCUGCUCUGAUACCCGUACCUGUGAGAUCUUCGUCUCUGCAUUUGGAGGGUUUAUUCUACUGAGUUCCCUAUUGAUCGUACUGAUCUCCUACCUAUUCAUCAUCAUCACCAUCCUGAAGAUCCGGUCCCCUGACGGGAAACUCAAGAGCUUCUCUACCUGUGCCUCACACCUGGCUGUUGUCAGCUUAUUCUAUGGGACGCUUAUAUUCACCUACCUACGACCUACCUCGAGCUACUCCCUGGAUCAGGACGGAGUGCUGUCUGUAUUUUACACAACAGUUACCCCCCUGCUGAACCCCAUUAUCUACAGCUUGAGGAACCGGGAAGUGAAGGAGGCACUGAAGAGAGCUGUAUAUAAAGGCUUUUGA